AUGCCCAGGCACCUGGCCUGGUAUGAUCAAGAUGGCGAACCCACGAUCCAUAACCCCUUCAAGAAAUUUCGAAGAAGCCCGCGACGGACGAAUUCGAUCCAGCUCGAAAGCAGGUUGACACAAUUCUCCUCUGCUGGCGCCGUGCGCCCUGAGGAGGAAAUCCGGCGCAAUAGAGAAAUAAGAGAAGGUCUGGGCGGGCCCGCUCAUUCGGACUCUUUCCCACCCGGCACUGGGACGACGGUGGAUUCAGUAGCACGGCCCGAAAGUAUGGAAAAGGCAGAGCCGGAGCCUUCGAUGAGCAGUGGCGACCCCAUCAAUGUUUCAACUCGUGCAAGCCCGGCUGGGGAGUCAGAGGGCAUACCUCGGAAGCGGACGCGGUUUCUAAGGCUAAGCGAGCCUUCGAACGAAGAAGGUAAAGAAAUUUCCGAAGAUGAACUGCGGGACAAGCAGAAGUUUACGCCAGUGGGACAAUUCAAGGCCACUGUCCUAAAUUCAUGGAUCAAUAUUCUUAUCCUUGCCGCGCCGGUUGGAAUUGCGUUGAACUAUGUUGACGUCGACCCCGUGGCAGUUUUUGUGGUCAAUUUCAUUGCUAUUAUUCCCUUGGCGGCUAUGCUGAGUUUUGCAACGGAAGAGAUUGCCCUAAGGACAGGCGAGACGAUUGGAGGUCUCCUCAAUGCCAGUUUUGGAAACGCUGUCGAGUUAAUCGUUGCCAUCAUUGCCUUGGUCCACAACGAGGUGCUCAUUGUGCAGACAUCCCUCAUCGGUAGCAUGUUGUCCAACCUCCUUUUAGUUCUGGGGAUGUGCUUUCUCUUCGGUGGCAUCAACCGCUUGGAGCAGCACUUCAAUCCUGUCGUCGCGCAGACAGCAGCCAGUCUUCUUUCUCUAUCGGUCGGGGCUUUGAUCAUCCCUACAGCUUUCAACGCCUGGUCCGACGCGGACAAAUCCAAGACUGCCCCGCUAUCCAGAGGAACUAGCGUGAUCCUUUUGGUCGUUUACGGUUGCUACCUCUACUUCCAGCUCAGUACACACGUUGAGAUGUACAACGCGCCCAGCCAGAAAUCCGAAAAGAUACGCCAGAAGGUGUCCGAAGGCGACGCCAGUCGCGGCAUUGCUCAGAUCGGCCAUAUGUCGGCUGCACUGGCAGGAGCGAACAAUGAGCCAGUACAGGACCCUGACGACGAGCCGGAAGAGCCGCAGCUUCACAUCUAUGUUGCGAUUGCGACGCUGUGCAUCUCCACUGCACUCGUCGGCGUGUGUGCGGAAUUCAUGGUUGACUCUAUUGACGCGCUGACAGACCGCGGCGGUAUCUCAAAGACCUUUGUCGGAUUGAUUUUGCUCCCAAUUGUCGGCAAUGCUGCCGAGCACGCAACGGCAGUCACGGUAGCGAUCAAGGAUAAAAUGGAUUUAUCUAUUGGAGUGGCCGUGGGCUCGAGUAUGCAGAUUGCCAUGCUGGUUCUUCCAUUCAUUGUCGUGCUCGGCUGGAUCAUGGGCAAGGAUGACAUGGUGAUUCUACUUUUUGUCUCGGUGCUCUUGGUAAACUAUCUCAUCGCCGAUGGGAAGUCGCAUUGGCUUGAGGGUGUUUUGUUAAUGAUGAUGUACAUCAUUAUUUCGGUCGCCGCCUGGUUCUAUGGAUGAGACAGCCGCUCGUUUCUGAUAUAUCAUAUCACCGGCUCGGCCAUUUACUUCAUGCAUAUACAAUUGAUACCUCUUAUCACUCCUAAUAUUAUAUGUUUACCUUC